AUAGUUUCGGGGCCACGGAAAGGAUGUGCGUAUACUUCAACCCACUCAGAUCAAGAAUGACUUCCUCUGCUGAACAACAUAAAAGACACUGAAGAUACGAGAAGAACACAGAGCUGCGGUUGCGGACUGACCAAUAAGUCAAUCGACUGAGGAGAGACAAACCAUCGAGCUACCGACUGAAGAUGACGCCCAAGUUUGCCCUGUGUGUUCUACUGGUCUCCAUGGCUGUGCUGUCAACUGAAGCACGGCCCCGCAGGCAACACCAACCACAGGAUCCCUCAGCUGGCCGUCCCCAGAACACCGGACCAGGUGGCCGUCCUCAGAACACCGGACCAGGUGGCCGUCCCCAGAACCCCGAAGCAGGUGGCCGUCCCCAGAACACCGGACCAGGUGGCCGUCCCCAGAACACCGGACCAGGUGGCCGUCCCCAGAACCCGCAGGCGGGUGGCCGUCCCCAGAACACCGGACCAGGUGACCGUCCCCAGAACACCGGACCAGAUGGCCGUCCCCAGAACCCGCAGGCGGGUGGCCGUCCCCAGAACACCGGACCAGGUGGCCGUCCUCAGAACACCGAACCAGGUGGCCGUCCCCAGAACACCGGACCAGGUGGCCGUCCCCAGAACACCGGACCAGAUGGCCAUCCCGACUUCGCUGGAACUGGUGGCCGUCCAGACUUCGCCGGAACUGGUGGCCGUCCAGACUUCGCCGGAAAUGGUGGCCGUCCCGACUUCGCCGGAACUGGUGGCCGUCCAGACUUCGCCGGAACUGGUGGCCGUCCAGACUUCGCCGGAACUGGUGGCCGUCCAGACUUCGCCGGAAAUGGUGGCCGUCCAGACUUCGCCGGAAAUGGUGGUUUUCCCGACUUCCCCGGAGCAAAUGGUAUUCCUGACUUCCCCGGAGCAAAUGGUUUUCCCGACUUUCCCGGAGUAAAUGGUUUUCCCGACUUCCCCGGAGUAAAUGGUUUUCCCGACUUCCCCGGAGCAAAUGGUUUUCCCGACUUCCCCGGAGCAAAUGGUUUUCCUGACUUCCCCGGAGCAGGUGGUUUUCCCGACUUUCCCGGAGCAAAUGGUUUUCCUGACUUCCCCGGAACAGGUGGCCGUCCCGACUUCGCCGGAGCAAGUGGCCGCCCCGAGUACCCCGGACACGGCAGACCUGCUGGCCCCGAGUACCCAGGAGUCGGUGGUUUUCCCGAGUACCCAGGAGUCGGCGGCCGUCCUGAUAUUCCCGAACUUCCGGAAACCGACAGCAGCACCGAAGUUCCUGAUUUCGCGAACGGUGUUCCCUUCUUCUAUCCAUAGACAAUCUAGAUUCGGUCGGUCUUGAAGAUUCAAGAAUUCCAGACAGACUAAAGGUAUAUUGACUGUAAAUCGCUGCUGCACAGAGAUAUUUCUACUUUUGAUGUUGAGAUAUAUCUUAACCCAUAGAUGUAUUCUGAUGUAUGUGUUUGCCAUGUAUAUUUGUACCCGCUUAACUACUAAAACAAGACUUUUUCUCCAAAUUGUACGAACGGCCCUCGAUUACACGAUCAUAACGUUUACGCUGUUUUACAUACAAUUCUAAUACAAACGUAAGAAUAUAUGUACAAGUGCGUAACGUUAUGUAGAAGGCAGAUACCUUUGUCAAAGACCUGUGCCUCAGGUUAUUUGUUUGGUUUUUGGCAAGAAAUUUACGCUGGUUCGUUAGUUUCUAGCCAGAGAAUAUCCGAUGUCAUUGUCCUAGUUGCAUCUGAUAUUCAUAUCAUAAUUGUAAAAAAAUUCUACAUUGAGCAAUGGGGCGGUGCCUCUUUGAUAUCAGGUACAAUAUACAAUAUUUUGCAAUAAAUAUAUCAACGUCA